UGUCGAAGGGCGCGAUUGUUCCUCGUUUUAAAUUGAGGACAAAUGUGUCAUAAUCAUGCCAACUAGGAAAUACAGAAGAGAUACUAGUGAAGUGAGCUGCUGUCUCAAAUAUGUGAUCUUUGGAUUUAACGUUUUAUUCUGGUGGCUGGGCUUAGGAAUAAUGGCGGUUGGUGUGUGGGCAUGGAAGGAGAAGGACACAUUCAACAAUCUAUCGCGCCUAACAAAUAUCGCCCUGGAUCCAGCGUUUAUCCUCAUUCUAGUCGGUACGGUCACAUCCGUCAUUGGUUUCACUGGAUGCGUUGGGGCACUCAGGGAAAACACGUGUCUAUUAGCUGCUUAUGCUGUAUUUUUGGGUGUACUACUGAUGCUGGAACUCACACUGGGUGUGCUGGGAUUCAUUUUUAAAGACUGGAUAAAAGCCCAAGCAACCGGCGGCUUCCAAGCAUUUAUAAUUCAUUAUCGUGACGAUCCAGAUCAGCAGAAUCUCAUCGAUUGGAUUCAGGAGGACUGGCUGCAGUGCUGUGGAAUAGAAGGCCCAAAAGACUGGGAUAGAAACAACUAUUUCAACUGUUCAUCGAUUGAAAUUGGUUCUAGUGAAGCCUGUGGCGUGCCUUUCAGCUGUUGCAAACGGGAGCCCAACGUGAGAAGUGAAAUAACGAAAAACAAGCAGUGUGGAUACAACGUACGUAAACCUGGAAAUCCAGCAGAGAGGAGUAUAUUUGAAAGGGGUUGCCUGAGGGCGGGUGAGGAGUGGCUAGAAUUGAACCUCGUACCAGUUGCUGGUACUAUAGUCAGCACAAUGGUCCUGCAGAAUUCAGACGUGACGAUACACGAGAAGGGUUGUAUUCAGGCAGGGGAGGAAUGGGUGGAGAGAAAUUUACUUGUGAUUGCAACCAGCGCUGUCGUCACGGCCUUCGCACAGAUCCUUGGAAUUUGUUUUGCCCAGAAUCUACGGGCCGACAUAUUUGCGCAAAAGGCAAAGUGGCACUGACAAUCACGUGCCCCCACGGCUGUUUAGCAUCUUGUGCGGAUGGAUGCUGAACGAUCACGAUGAUUAAACGCAGUUCAUGAACGGACUUUGCCUAGUGGAGAACAUCUCAGUGGCUUCGAAUUAUACGAAUAUGAUUACUAGGUGAAUAUCAUUUUGACUGGGGAAAUUUUCGUUACGGGGAGAGGGAUGAUUGUAGGAAGAAAAAAAAUCAGGAAACAUUUUUCAAGGGUGAGUUCUGUUUCUCGAAAGAAAUACCACAACUUCCGUGAAAAUUGCCCUAACGUUCAGGAAAAAAUCCGAAGAGGUUAGAACAAUUUUUGCAGAGCUUUCAGUAUUUUUUGCCGAACACAUCCGUAAAAGUUCCGUAUUUUUCCUGGAAUUUUUUUCUCGCUGUGGGUGAUGGUGAUCGACAGGUGGGGAAUAGGUCUGAGAUUUUCACAGAGACAGAAAUAAAAUCCUGCAAAUCAGUAAUAUAUUCUUAACAAUAAGAUUUGUUUUUCACUAGAGGUAAUGAAGAUUACUGCCUACCGGGGUAAAGCAUUACUCAGUAUAUUACGUGGGAACAUGAGGUUGUUGAUGUCGAACAAACGCCCAAAGCACCUUGGUUGGGCGAUUUUAACUACAUUUAACCCACUGCACAAAUCGAUUAAAUUCUGUAAAUAUUGGGCUUUCCCAAGUUAUAGAUUGUUUCGGGAUUAUUCAAUCGCGAAUGGUAAUGAUAAUUGGAAACCAUUAUUCGAUUCGGUGCGGUUCAAGCUUCAAAUCACGCGUAAAUUUUUCAACUUCAUAUAAAAAUUCAUAUAUUUUACCUGAACUUUAGUUUCUAGCGAAUUGUUAUUAAAUUUCUAUUAAAUACACUGUUCGCCUCUAUUUCUCACCAACAAUCUUUGAUUUCGUAGAAUCAAUCAUCGCAGCUAGAUCACUUUAUUGUUUCCUCGUUUUAAAAAUCUGGAUAAAAAAAAUAUUUACGUGACCCGCAAUGAGGAGAAUUGCCCGCAACUCAAUAGCAUUCGAAUUAUUCCAAAUCAUUUACCAGAUACAUUCCAACAAGUUUCAAUUAAUUGACAUGGAUUCCAGUCAAUUGAAUGACUUUCCAGUCCACUUGUCGAUCACAAAAACCCAAUCUAAAAUCAUCAAUAGACCAAUAGAGUUGAGGGGUCACGGUUGCUAGGCAAAUUGAAGUGAGUACUUGAACUUGAUGUUGAUCGACGUGAAUGUCGUGGGGGCGCAGCGAGAAACCCGGGGGCCAAUCUCGCUGCUGUAUCGAAAACCACUGAGUACUCGUGCAUUAUGUGCGAGGCAUCAAGGCCAACCUAAUACAACCAGCAGAACCAAACUUUAUCGUAACACCCGAUUGGGUGUUAAAUUAGUUGCUCCAACUACUUUCCGAUGAAAAUACGUUAAAAGGUCAGCGAAGGAGCUGAUGGAAGGGGGGGGUGGGGGAGGGGGAGUUAUAUCGAUUAUCAACUCCCCACCAACACAUGAUGCACGUUCAAGCCCGAGCAGUAGAUUCAUCUCAAUUUUCCUUUGAAUUCUUCGAAAUGAUUUUUUUUUUCUGUUUCUUUCUUUUCUACCCCCUCGAGUUUAAUAAAUUUAAUCAUCGGUCGCUUGUCCGUGUAUCCCGGAGUUUUCGUUCCUCUGCGAUGAAGAUUGAGCAAGGAAAAAUAAAGAUGAAGAAACUAAAAAUAAAUGGCAAUGAUGUAUAGAUAUAAAAUGUACAGUUUAUCGUAGAAAAUCUUUUACCAGGCAGAAUUAUAAAGAGAGAAAAAAAAAUGUUGGAGCAAAUAGCACAAACUUUAUUACGUUCCGUGUCGUUCAUCCAGUGAUGGUGGAGAGGGAAGAAAGAAAACGUUAACUCUGUUAUUCGAUUUAUUUUCUCGUUUUUUUUUUCUCUUCUGUUUUGUUUUCAAAUGAACUGAUUUCCGGAACGACUGGGACAACAUCAGUUGUUUAAUUCAAUAGUUUUGUCUCACGGUUCGGCAAUUGCAAUCCGUGUAGAAGAUGGAAGAAGGGGAGGAGUAAUGAGUGACGAAGAAAAAUCUGUAGAUUAAUUUUUUUAACGCUUCAAUAAAUUUUUUUUUCCGGAAGAAAUGACGCGAUUGAUUCGUAUAUUUUUGCCAGCCAAAUUGGGGAGAAAUGAAUUAACGUUUAACUGCCCUUGAACAAAUAAUAAAGAAAAACUACUAUAUUUCUAAAUAUGUAUAUCUUAAUUGAUUGACGCGAGCGUUUUAUGACAAUGUAAAAUAUUAGGAAUCAUUCAUUAUACUAUUGCAAAAUGAUUGAUGUGUACAAAAUAAUAUCGAGGCGCUUGUGCGUGGACGAGUCUAUUGACGAAUGGAGAUUGAUUAAUUUUGAGUUUGUGUGUGCAGACUAUCGAUUCGAUUGCUCUAAGAGGCCUCGAGAGUGAUAAAAAUAUAGUCCAAGUACGGGCAAAACUGCGAAUGAAUUUCCAGCCAAAUGAGAAUGAAAACAUAAACGAGUGACCCUCAGAGAAAAACCUAAUAAAUUCAGUAUUGAAUUUCUACUGAACCUUUAUUGAGAACUCUAUUAUUUCAUUGCCAUUUUUCAAAAUGAUUAAUCCUCUUCCAAUAACAUUCAACAUAUUUUCACCAGUUUCUAUAAAUGAAACAAUUUUUCAACCUAUCAUUUCUGCCGAAUGCUUGACCGAAUACUUUAUCCGAAUUUAAGUUAUUUUUAACGGUUGAGGGCUCUUACAGGUUUGAAAAAAUCAUCUAAAGGUGUUUUAUAGGGCAAUUCAUUGGGACGUGAGUAAUUUCUACAAUUACACUUCGUACAGGAUUCGCGGGAGAAAAAUAGCAUGUGAAAAUUAUUCGCAUACUAUAACCGAUGAAUCUAUAUAAUUAUCUAUAAAAUCGCCCUAGGGAAUAUCUCUAUAUUUUUUUGUGCGUGUAUAAUCAAGAUAAUUUUGAAGAAAGUGUAGAUAAAUGUGACGAAAAUUUGAUCCUGUCAAUCUUCUUUAUUCCGUAAGGAUAGAUUUCGUGUGGAUUACCUCUUUGCCUCAAUGAAGAAGAAAAAACAAAGUCAUUAAAUCAUAAGUUGAGCGAUUUGUUCGAUACUCAAUUGUCAACAUGACAGAUGAAAACAGAUGCUUGCAUACUAACUGUUUUUUACGCAAUCGUUUCGUAACAAUAAUGUACAUUCGUUAAAUUCCGUAUUAUUAAUUAUUCACCAUCAAUCGUAUAUUUCAUUGCGUGACAAAUGGGUUUAGCGAGGGUUGUGUGUGUGUAGGUAGACCAUUAUACGAAAUAUCCUCGAAAUCCAUAAUUUUUCACUGCAAUUGGCACAAUUUUGCUAAACCCAAGUGACAUUCCAAUUUAAUUACAAAACCCAUUUUACUGGCUGUUCAUAAUGAAAUAUUAAUUUUAAUUGAUUAAUACUGUUAACCUGAUUCAAUAUUCUGUUACUCAUCGAAUAUUCGGAUCACGUGACAAGGUAAAAUGAGUUAACUUUAAAAUUGGUAAUUAUGCUGGAUUUUUUUUCGUCAUGCGAAUGGAGAAAUAAAGGCAUAAUCUUUCAAAGUCAGCUCAUUUUGAACUAAUUGAGAGUAAUGUAUAAUAAAUGGACUUUUAAUUGCCUGUUUUUUUUCAUUGUAUCCUAACUAAUAUUACAAUAGCUGAAUUACUACCGCUGGAUUAUACGUUAAAGGCAAUUCACAUGCAAUUUAUUUUUCAAUUUGUACCGUGUGAGAGUGAUUAUGAAAAAUGGGUGCUUAAGAACAAUAUCAAAUUAACGUUAUAGCGAAGCAAUUUGGCUCAUUCCUGUUUUCCUUCGUGUCUCUUUCAUUUUAUUUUGAUUUUAAGAGAAGAGAGACAGCGACAGGAGAUCCUAUCAAUACUGAUAUUGUAUUUAUUGACUAAUGAUAUUGUUCCCGGAGUAAUUCAAUGGAACGGAUGAAUGACUGUAUAAAAUAAUAUUCACGAUAAUUGCGUGCUCUUUCUGAUGAUCAUUCGAACUCCAAAUAAAGGGAAUGAUUUUUUAUAUUCAAUUUAUGUUGUUCCUCAUUAUUUCGCGUUUACAGCUUGGGUUCAUUUUAAUUGGAAUUUUGCCCCUCGACUAAUGAGCCCUCGAUGUAUUUCAUUCUUUUCAUUGAAAAAACAAUGUAAAAUUUAUAUGAAAGCAAAUUCAAUUGAAUAAUGCGUAAUAAAUUUUAAGAUUAUCGAAUGUAUUGAAUUCUUUAAUCAUGUACAUAUUGUAAACAUACUUGUAAAGAAUACGAAUAAAUAGUAGCUAUUGAAUGACUGCUUGACCAAUAUAAAUAACAAUGACUGUCAUUGUUUUGUAGUUCCAAUAAUUUCAUGACUCAUUCCCAACUUAUAGUUAGAGAGUACAUUUCCACAUAUUAAUUUUGAAUAGCAUAAUCGCAAAGAAUUAUCACCAUUCUAAUGGGCAAUUCACCAGCCAGAUACCUUCGACGUUCAUAAACCCUGUACUUGAUCAUUAUUUGCCAUUCGGGCUCACAUCAAAGCGAAUACAGCCAUUGGUUUCAAUUUGUUACCUUUAAUUGAAUAUUUCAAUGAGUUGGAAGCUUUGAUAAUCCGCCCAAUGGGUUAUCGACUUUUACGGAUUCUGUAAAAACUUUAUUGCUUUAAAAAUUUAAUAAACUCCGAUUACUGACGGGUUUCACUCAUUUCCAGGUAAUGAACAUUCAAUAAUUUCCCAAAUUAUUCAUUCUCGUUCCUAUUAGAAUAAUAUGUUCCUGAAAUUCUUCAAUUUAUCUAUUGAAACAAAAAAAGUGCUCUAAAAUUUGCUUCCUCAUUGACUCUCAGUUAAGACGAAUAAUGUUAAUAAAAAUCCGAAGUCUAAAAAUCCUCCUUGGAAAUUAUGAAAA